CAGCCGCUGCUUUAACAUUAAUUUGAAAGGAGGAAAGUAUCAGCACGGGAAACCUUUUGAGUUCCCGGUAGAACUGUGUUUCGCGUUAAUAGAUUCAAGAUAAGCGACAUUUGUACCUUUAAAACAUGUCGAAAAGACACCGUCUGGAUUUGGGCGAUGACUAUUCCUCCACUAAGAAGAGGUCUGAAGGGAGAGACAGAGACCGUGAUAGAGACCGCGAGGACCGUUCCAGGGACAAGGACCGAGAUCGGGACCGGGACAGGGACCGGGACCGUGAUAGAGAUACGAAGCCCGCUAGUGCAGCACCUAACAGCACGCCAGCUGUGCCAUUAUUACCCUUAAAGCAGAUGGCCAUGCACCAGCAGAUUAACCCAUUCACCAACUUGCCGCAUACACCUCGCUACUACGAGAUCCUAAAGAAGAGGUUACAGCUUCCAGUGUGGGAGUACAAGGAAAGCUUCAGCGAUAUUAUUACAAGGAAUCAGAGCUUUGUCCUUGUAGGAGAGACCGGCUCUGGAAAAACAACUCAGAUCCCACAAUGGUGUGUGGACAUGGAGGGCUUGCCUGGUCCUAAGAGAGCGGUAGCCUGUACUCAGCCCAGGAGAGUGGCUGCUAUGAGCGUGGCUCAAAGGGUGGCAGACGAAAUGGACGUCAUGCUCGGGCAAGAAGUGGGUUACUCCAUCAGGUUUGAGGACUGUAGCUCCGCCAAGACUAUACUCAAGUACAUGACCGAUGGUAUGUUGCUAAGAGAGGCUAUGAAUGACCCACUGCUGGAGCGAUAUGGAGUCAUCAUUCUCGAUGAGGCCCACGAGAGAACUCUGGCCACAGAUAUCCUGAUGGGGGUCCUUAAGGAGGUGGUGCGUCAAAGGGCAGAUCUGAAGGUGAUCGUCAUGAGUGCCACGCUAGAUGCCGGAAAGUUUCAGGUGUACUUUGACAGCUGUCCCCUCCUGACUAUUCCUGGGCGCACGCACCCUGUAGAGAUUUUUUACACUCCCGAACCAGAGCGUGACUACCUAGAGGCAGCAAUCCGCACUGUCAUCCAGAUUCACAUGUGUGAAGAAGAAGAAGGAGACUGCCUUCUGUUUCUCACUGGUCAAGAGGAAAUUGACGAGGCCUGUAAACGGAUCAAGCGUGAGGUAGACGACCUCGGACCCGAGGUUGGAGACAUCAAAAUCAUUCCACUGUAUUCCACGUUACCACCACAACAGCAGCAAAGGAUCUUUGAGCCACCUCCUCCAAGAAAGCCCAACGGUGCUAUAGGAAGAAAGGUUGUGGUUUCAACAAACAUUGCUGAGACUUCUCUGACUAUUGACGGUGUAGUGUUUGUCAUCGAUCCUGGAUUUGCAAAGCAAAAGGUUUACAAUCCUCGUAUCAGGGUGGAGUCCCUGCUCGUCACAGCCAUCAGUAAAGCUUCUGCCCAGCAGAGGGCAGGACGAGCCGGCAGGACACGACCAGGAAAAUGUUUCCGUCUCUACACAGAGAAGGCCUAUAAAACAGAGAUGCAGGAUAACACGUACCCUGAGAUUCUUCGAUCCAACUUGGGGUCUGUUGUGCUGCAGCUGAAGAAGCUGGGUAUCGAUGAUCUUGUACACUUCGACUUCAUGGAUCCACCAGCUCCUGAGACACUGAUGAGGGCCCUCGAGCUGCUGAACUACCUGGCUGCUCUGAACGAUGACGGAGACCUGACUGAGCUGGGCUCCAUGAUGGCUGAGUUUCCUCUGGACCCCCAGCUGGCAAAGAUGGUCAUUGCCAGCUGCGAGUUUAACUGCUCAAACGAGAUCCUUUCCAUUACUGCCAUGCUGUCAGUCCCACAGUGUUUUGUCCGCCCCACGGAGGCUAAGAAGGCAGCAGACGAGUCCAAGAUGAGGUUUGCUCACAUCGACGGGGACCACUUGACGCUGCUCAACGUCUACCACGCCUUCAAACAGAACCAUGAGUCUAACCAGUGGUGCUACGACAACUUUGUCAACUACCGCUCACUGAUGUCUGCUGACAACGUGCGGCAGCAGCUCUCCAGGAUCAUGGACCGUUUUAACCUGCCGCGCCGGAGCACAGAGUUCACCAGCAGAGAUUAUUACAUCAACAUCCGCCGAGCGCUCUGCACCGGCUUCUUCAUGCAGGUGGCUCAUUUAGAGCGCACAGGUCAUUACCUCACAGUCAAAGACAACCAAGUGGUCCAGCUGCACCCAUCUACAGUCCUGGACCACAAACCUGAGUGGGUGCUCUACAACGAAUUUGUCCUGACCACCAAAAACUACAUCCGCACUUGCACAGACAUCAAACCAGAGUGGCUGGUGAAGAUUGCCCCCCAGUACUAUGAAAUGAGUAACUUCCCACAGUGUGAAGCCAAACGACAGCUGGAGCGCAUCGUUGCCAAACUAGAAAGCAAGGAGUAUUCCCAGUACUGAACAAUAGCCAACAAGUGUCCUGGCAAACAGCUGCGUAUUGAAGUUUUAGAUCUUUCUGUAUCAUUGUAUGUUCAUGUUUCAAAAAAUUGGCUUUUUGAUUUUGUUUGCUUUUUGUUUCUUUAAUUUUCUUUUCUGUUCCCAUCAAUGUUAAUUCUGUAACGACGUGUAAUGAAAUGUCAACAGUAAUAUUAGACCUGGCUAUUAAGAUUUUCAAAAGGAAUAUCAGAAACAUGUCAUUUAGAUGUGAUUGACUUUCCUUUAGGGGAUUGCUGAGUACUGGUAAUUAAAAAACACAUGUGCUUGCUCUGUUUCUUUAAUAAAGGAGCUUUGACUUAA